AUUUUGGAGGCCAACAGAUUAUUACUAUUAUUAUUUUUUAAUACAUUCCUAUUUGGAUAUUUACAACAUAGUACUGUUCUAUUGCACAUUAUAGGUCUCACAUCAGUGGAGCUCUCCACUUGGACUAAUUAACAUUUUCUAAUGGAUGCAUGGAGUUCUUCUGGGUUGGCUAACAGUGGAGCAGUGGGUCAAAGAUGUCUGAUCUCAGCCAAGUAGUCAUUGACUCUGAUGCCUCAGACAUUUACAAGAAUGUGUUCUGCAAUCCUGCCUUUGAGCUGGAGCUGGAGCGAGAGGAGCGCGUGGAGGGAUUUCCAAUGACCUCAUCCACCCCUGAGCCAAUCAAACCACCAACAACUGGCCGAGGGUGGGGUCUCUUUGUGGUGUGUGUUGUUCUAUUUCGGGGUGCAGGUUGCGGCUGGGGGAAGCUGGCGGUCUCUGCUGCUGCCGCGCUCCUGGUUGCAGCUCUCGGCCUGACAUUGGCCCUCAUCCUCACACAGAUUAAAGGUCAAGAGUUUGAGGAGCAGUUGUUGUCUACCAGCCCUUCAGACCUGUUCAGUGCAGGGGGUGGAGAAUUACCCACAAUUCCUGCAAACAGAAGCCAGCAGGACAGUACGGCAGUACCCCGCCCCGUUACCACCCCCACGACUGAAACACCCUGCGGCGGAGUUUUGACUGAUUCCGAAGGCUUUUUCAGCUCACCGAAUCAUCCUGGCUCCUAUCCCCCCAACAUUUUGUGUGUGUGGGUGAUCCAAACCACACCCCCUCACUUAAUUCAGAUCCAUGUGUCCUCUUUGAAUGUGGAGGGUCCAUAUCCCUGUUUGUUUGACUGGCUGGAGGUGCAAGACCACUUAGAGCACAGCUCCAUGGUCACAAGGUUCUGUGGCGCCGUCGCUCCACCAACAGUCAACACAAACAGCAGCACCGUAUGGGUGACCUUCCACUCUGAUGGCAGCAUUGCAGGCAAUGGCUUCACAGCUCAGUACAGGGCCUUCACACCUGGGCACAAAAGUUGCUCCAGAGAAGAGUUCAUGUGCGACAGUGGACGCUGCCUGCUGCCCGUGUCUGUGUGUGACGGUCAACCAAACUGCCAUGACCAGAAAGAUGAGGCCAACUGCAGCCAUAAACACAGUGAAUGCGGCGGGCAGAAAAUUGGGUCAUACGGCUUCCUGGCAAGUCCAAACCACCCCAGGCCAUACCCUCACCAGCAGUUUUGUGUAUGGCACAUAUCUGUUGAGGAGGGUCACGUCAUCAUGCUGCGCUUCAAUAACUUCAGCCUGGAGACACAAGAUGUGUGUGAGUUCGACUAUGUGGAGGUGCAUGACAGCGACAACAUUGGAGCUGGAAGAGUUCUGGGAAGGUUUUGUGGCACCACCCGCCCACCAGACCUGACCUCGUCCGGCCAGCACAUGACUGUGCUGUUUGCGGCUGACGAGGGAGUGACUGACAGCGGCUUUAACGCGACGUAUCAGUCCAUGUCUCUGCGGGAUAGGACAUGUGGACCGGGACAGUUUGCCUGCAGCAACGGCGAGUGUCUUCAUUCACAGUGGUUGUGUGACGGCUGGAACGACUGCCCCGAUGGAGCAGAUGAACAAGACUGUGGCAACUCCACUUACCCUCCCUUCACAGAGGUCAAUACUCGACUGGAAUAUGCCAUUUUCUUGAUGCCACCAGGUUCCACGUGCGAAUCCAUAGAGGUGGAGAUGUGUCUGGGUCUCAGCUACAACCUCACCUCAUUCCCCAACAUAUGGCUCUCCAUCGCUGAUCAGAGAGAAGCUACCACACUACUGCGACAGUACAGGGUCCUGAUGGAACUGGCCUGCUUCGAGCCCUUGCGGAGACUCAUUUGUGGGAUGUUCUUGCCACAGUGCAGCCCUCGCGGAGGCGUCCUGCAGCCGUGCCGCGCUGUCUGCUCCUCGGCUGAGCAGCAGUGCAGCCAAGCCUUGGACCUUUUCUCCUUCAGCUGGCCCUUCAACUGCCACCUCCUGCCCGACACACUGGACCCCAUGGAGUGCUCACUACCCUGAUUGCCACAAAAAAAGUGUCUUGGAAAUUUAAAAAAAAAAAAAAAAAAAGACUGACAGAUUUCAAUUGACUAGAAAAGCCCUCGAGCAUUCCAGCACUUCUAAUAUUGUAAUUUGCUGGCCAGGAGGCCAGUGAACAUCUCAAUAACAGCAACCUUCCAAAAAGCAACUGUCAUGGUGAAAGGUGCAAGAAAACAUCAAAAUCACUGAGUUGUGUUUUAAUAGUGGGUUGACUAUGUUUGAUUUUAUUUCUGCCAAACCAAACAAAAAUUCUAAAUAGAAUUUACUCAAUUUUACCUAUACAGCUCUUUAAAAUUCAACUUCAGCUGAAACAAAGUGCUGUACAGAGCUGAAUUAUGUAUUGAAAGACUAAUAUUGGGUUAUCAUCUAUGUUCACCAAUAUCAGUUCUAAUACUUUACAUGGAAUAACCCAUCAAUAUAGUGCAAAAUGAGAUUGGUCACUAAUGAGGUAAAGCACUAUGUAAAAAAAAAAAAAAGCACUAAGUAAUUUUGGCAGAGGGUAAAAAGAUAGAUCAUCCAAAUUAAAUAAAUUAAAUUUAAAUUGAAUAUCAACUGAUAUGCUGAUGAUUAUAUCAGCUGGAUCUAACUGCAAUAAAAGUCCAGUAUGUCUAUGAGCACCCUUUACGAUACUGCCUUGGUAAUAGUGAACGAGGAGUAAAAACUACAGGAAGAAAAUGUUCAGAUGAUCUUUAAUACAUUUGUCCUUCAACAGACCACAUUGUGAUAUAUGUUGUGUUAAAAAGUACCGGUUUGAUGUUGAGUGAGGUAAAAACAUAAUAUGGGUAAAUUAAAUAUUAAAAAUUCUCUGGUUAGCUCAUAGUCUGUAAACCCCAUGAGAACUAAUUUAAUCAAUUCAUUCAAUUCCGUCAGUCAGAAGGUGACCUAAAACAAGAUGUGUAACAACUCAUAAAACUGUAGUAGUAUUGAUACAAAAGCUCUCCACUUGAAUUAAAGAAAAGAAAGAAAAUGUUCUUCUUGAUUGCACAUUAGCAAAUAUGAACUCUGAGCCACACAAUCAAUGGGCUUCACUGCAAAUGUGAUGGGAUAAGAAGUUUUAGUGUGUGAUCUAAGGCAACGGCGGUCAGGCCCCACACACGAUGCUUCCCAUUACAAAACACUGGGAGUGUGUAUCCAUACUUGUCCCCUGUGCGAAAGUGCGUGUACCGACGGUUUUGAGGGUCACACAAAUGGGACAAAGACAAACUAAAAAUCUCCUCCACCUGAGAACCAGAGAAAAAGAGAAUCUCUUAAAAUUUGAAAUUACCACAAGAGUCGUGUGGAUGUUGCUUCACAGGUUAGAUGGGAGUAUAAGACACUUGUGCAGCAGUGUGGAUGACAUUUAACGAGUAAAAAUAAGUAUUAUAUUGUACAGAAGAGCCAGAUGGGGCUAUUCAUUCGGCAGCAACACACAAUGACUUUACCUCUCCUGGGUUUGGUUUGAAGGACAGCUCCUCAAGACGACCUACGUUAGCCAGCACCGGAGCCACCAACAUCCCUGACUAAGGAAAAAUAAAAUAAAGGUACAUCUCAGUAAAUUAGAAUACGGUAGAAAAGUCAAUUUACUUCAGUACUCAUACAUUAUAAAAAAACACUGACAUAAAUUAUGGAAUCACCGCUCCUGGAGGAUGCUCAUUUAAAUUUUUUAUUUUGGAGGGGGAAAAAAAGGCGUAUCACAGAUGUUCCAUAAAAAAAUGUUUUGUUCAAAAAUACUUAAUAGAAAAUACUUCUAGUUUUAAGAAACACACAAAAAUUUUUUUUUAAAAGAGCAAG